GACGAGAUCAACUCUUUAUCUUUAUCAAGGUGUGUUCCGCAGCUUAGGAUGUUGAGCAUGGACAAGAUGCCCAUAUUCAGGAGGGGUGUUUGCAUAAUCUUGCAGAAGUGCAAGAAUCUUGAGAAGCUUAAUUUAUCUAAGCGUGGUAGAAUGUUCUACGACUAUCCAUCUAUUUAUGGUCGUGGAUUGGGAAAACUUUAUGGGAAGGAAAUUUCAGUAGAGGUUAAAAGGGACAAAGCCUAUCAAAGCAUGAGAUGGUUUAUACAUACUUUGGAUGACAGUUAUACUCCAAAAAGGGGGGUAAAAUGCUUAUGGAGUAUAGGUAAAGGAGCUUUCUUUGCGCAUAACCCCCCUGGAAGCCCUUCAAUUGAUUGUUUUUGAAACCCUAAAGCUCCUCAACAUACUUUAUAUUAUUGUUAUAAUUAGACUAAAAUACAGUAUUCGAUUACAUUUCAUUAUGUGAGUCGCAUAACCACUUUUACCUCAUUAUUCUUUGUUACUCUCGUGCUGUUAUAAAUAUAGUUCAACUUC